AGACCAAAAGAGGAAUUUGACCAAUUUUGCUUGUAUCAAAGUUAUUACGCCCCAGUCUUCCGCCAAAUUAGUACUCGUGUAGACUUUGGAGGAAAGCGGAUAAGAGAGGUUUAUGCGGCUGAAAUUUGAUCGAUCGGAGCUCGAAAUCGUUAUGAACGGUUUCAGCUGCAGCGAAAAUAACAACGAAUCUAAUGACAACUUAGAAAUCGCAACAGCAGCUUUUCAACAUGCCAAAACUUAUGAUAGAGUGAGGGAACAUUUUUCCCUCCGAUCCGCACUCUUGGUCUUGAGUAAGCUUGGAAUACUAGAUGAGAAUGGGCAAGCCUGUUAUGAGGGCGAAGAACAAAUAACUGUACUGGAGGUAGCGGCAGGCACAGGAAAAUUCACAGAGGUCCUAGUCCAGGCCUUGAAGGACACCAAUAUUAGGCUUAUAGCAUCAGAGCCCCUAGAGAGUAUGGGAAGGGUGUUCCAGGAAAACUAUCCAGAUGUCGAAUUUAUUUCAUGCGCAUCUGAGGAAAUACCACUUCCAGAUUCCAGUGUGCAUUGUAUUGUAGCAGCAAAUGCAUCACACUUUAUUUCUAAUGCUGAGUCCUAUGCUGAAAUGUCACGCGUCCUUGUUCCCGGGGGAGGACUUGGCUAUGUCAAUCUAUUAUUGGAUGCUGAAGUUAUUCCAUGGUGCGUAGAAUUCUACAAAUUGUCAGUUGCCUGCUAUCAACAGACUGGUCUGUAUCAGAAGUUAGAUGAAUAUGCAGUUGAUGUGGGAUGGAAAGAAGAGUUGGAUAACAGUGGAAAGUUCAGUAAGAUUUGUGAGGACAGAUCUGAUCAAUUCCUGGAGGAAACCACAGAGGAGGAUGAGCUAGAAUGCCUUAUGUCCUAUGGAGCUUUUUCAACGUGUGAGAGAGAGGAGCGUAUGAGAAUAAGAGAUAAACUGAGGGACAUAUUAUGGCAAAAUUACAGUGGCGUGGGAAAAACUCUUAAUAGCAUACCAUUGAGAUCAAUAAUUUUUUACACCAAGAAAUUAUGAUUAAUUUUAAGUGCUGAAUGGAGUACAGGCACACACCCAGGUAUCAUAUGGAAAAAGGAUAUAAUUUGACAAUCCAGCCACAUAAAAUGGUCCACUUUUUUCGGCCAAGGGGUGUGUGUACACACCCUGCACACAAGAAAAAACCUUGGGUGAAGGAAUGAAGACAAGGUUAUACCAGGUAUAAUUCAAUGUGAAUAUAUAAUAAAGACACAUAAAGAAUACUGGGAGGGAGCAUAAAUAUUCAAUUAUGGUAUUCCAAAACAAGGGUAUUCUAUUCCAAACGUUUAAUUGCACCAUAUAUAGUGUUUUAUUUACUCAAAUAAUACAACCAUGCACAAAUUCUAUUUAAUUUUCUAAUUUCAUAGUCUGUGCUGUAUAAAAAGUUUUGGAAAUAAAAAAAGAAUGACA